UUUGACAUUUGUUUUGACAGUCGACUUGACUUUCCCGUAUGUUUUUCGUGUGAUGUGUCUAAAAAAUGUUAAAAUAAACAAUGCGUUUAAAACUGGUGGACAGCAGCUAACAGCCGAUUAAAACCGUCUUAAAUCACCCCCUUUAGCUAAAAAUGGCCACCCAGGAAAAACUGCUAAAAUCGCUGGAAGUCCUCAAGACCCUCUCGGCACCUAACCAAACAUUUGACUCCUCAAAAAAAAAGGACAAGAUCCAGCACUGUCACAUCGUCACGGAGGCAAUUUCCAAUUCAACGAUCAAAAUCGCCCCCAGUUUCCCCACCUACCUCAGCAUAACGAUCGAGGUGCUUUUGCAGUUAUGCGACGACCAGGAGUCCGACGUGCGGAUGACAGCGGGGGACUGUCUCAAUAAAGUGAUCAGAGCCAUGAACGAUGGGAACAUUGGUAAAGUACAAAUUGAACUACAUAAAGGGAUCAAGCAAAACGGUUCAGCUCGAUCACUACGGGCCGCCUUGAAGCGGUUUUCGCAGCUGGCACACUUGAUACGGCCCCAUAAGGGCAAGCCGUACGUGGUUAACCUUUUCCCCACCUUGAUUAAGGUCUCGCAGCGGCCUGAGGAGCAGAUUCAUGAGACUUUGGCCAAUAGUUUGGCGCCGAUAAUGCGGGUUUUGGGGAGCUUUACGUCAGAGGUUGAGAUAAAAGAUUUAUUGAAAGGUUUCUUGAAAAACAUCUCACACUCUUCGCCUGUUAUCAGGCGGUCUGCGACCACUUGUGUGUUAAAUGUGUGUCUGAACUGUAGAAAACCGUCUAUUUUUAUGGCAUACGUAAUUAAUUAUUUGUUAGAUUUGUUAAUUCCAGUCAGUGAUAAUCAAAGUAGUUUUCUAAUAUUGGGAGUUUUGGCGUGUUUGAAGAAUUUAUUACAACACUUGAACGAUAAUCAAAACGGAGAUAAUGCUUCCUUAUCCGUGGAUAAAUUGUUACAAAUUUACGAGUUGUGUCUCCACUAUUUUUCUAAUAAGGAUCACAACGUUGUGAAUGCAGCUUUAGAAACUUUGAAUGUUUUACUCCAGAAUUGUUCCCUUGAAUUGAGGCAAAUUUUAUUGAGCGAAAGUGGCGUAGAUAAAAGUAGGAUUAGUUUACCAACUUCUUAUUCAAUGUCAGCACUGCGUUCCCCAAGUCAGUUAAGUGUUGCGACAAGUGCAGCAAAUGACGAUUUGUUUCUGGAGUCCGAACUUACCGACACUAUAAGGUCGGAUAUAGAAAAAUGGAUAGAUGAGUCGAAACUUUCAGUAAUGAACGUACCUUGUGCCAAAACUAACGAACUAGAAAAGUCGUUGUCAAGUGAGAGUAAAAACUCCUCACUUGAUGUGUCUUUGACACAGCUUGAUAGUUUCGAUUAUAAGAUUUCUGAAUACGUAGGGAAAAGUCACAGUGUUGGUGAUAAUCUGGAACGACUCACGAUAAGUGACGAUUCCUCUGAAAAAAGCUACUCGUAUAUUGAGGAUGACAAGAACUGUGAAACACAUUUUCCAGACGUUGCUAUUGGUAGUUUUCUAGACACCGAUAUUUCGCUAGUUUAUUGUGCGAGACUGAUCACCAAAUCGUUUCUUUUGUCAGGCCAGAAGGGCGUUUGUAUUCCUGAUAAAUCAGUCCGAGUUUCCGUAAAAUCCCUAGCUUUGACCUGUCUUGCCUCAAUUGUGCGAAUCUACCCAAAAAUAUUGCUCCUCUGUUUGGGUAAAAAAUGCAAAUCGAAAAAUCACCUACCAAUCGCCGACUUGAUAUUGUACGAAAACCACACCGACCCGCAACUGCGGGGCGUUUUUAGGACACUUUUAUCCAAUUUUAUCACAGCUGUGUUGAGCGAAACUCACUCGAGUUACGACAAAUGGAUCGAGUCGAAUUGUUGCGAUGGGAAUUUUGCCCGACUUCAGCUGGAUUCUCUCGUGAAAUUUAUAAUAAAAGGCCUUGAGGACGAAUCGUCCGGUUGUGCGCGACAAACAAUCAUAAGUUUGGAUGUUUGUUUGGAAAAAAUCGCAGAAUCGGUUAACAACAUUCACGUUUUACCGAUUUUGAAUUGUCUGCCACUUUUAGCAACCAAUCCGUACUGGCUUGUGAAAGUCGCUUUGUGUGAACUUGUUUCGAAGCUUCCCUACGUCACUAUUUGCAAUAUCACUGGUUCUAGUGAUUUCCAAAAUCGGAUAAUUGACGAUGUUUUGUUCAAUUUUUUGCGAAAUGAUGACGCUCGGGUUAGGAGUGGCGCCGCUAGUGCCAUUGUUUCUGUAAUUCCGUUUUUGUAUCACGAGGAAAAUGCUGUUACGGCCAAAGCGAUUCAUUACAAAAAAUUGUUUUUGUCAAACUUGUGUGAUAAAAACACGGAGAAAGACUUAACAAAGAAACACCUUAUCGAUAAUAUGCCGUCUCCGUUUAGCCAAAUUUUGCACGAACGCUGUGAUAAAACCGAAUAUUCUCUAUCGAGAAUUGUUACAAAGUUGUAUCAUUUUCUACUGACCGGAACAUCGAAUCAUUUCAUAUAUGGUUGCUUGGAAACACUAUCACUUCUCUCAAACGCAUAUCCUACAACAGUCUACACUAAAGCCUGGAACUGUAAAAUAUUUCAAACGGAGAAAGACAAUUCUGAUUCAGAUGUUACAUUAGACUUAUUUAACAUUUGUGUGUAUUUGCUGAGCCAUUCCGUGAUUUGUUACGACUUGACGUGCCAUUUAAACCUCCUAAAUCUCUCGUCCAAUCUCUACGCCGGGUACGCCCUCAGUCUGAUCAAACCCAUAUCUGAGAGUGAGCCCUCAACCCAACCAUGGGACAUGUUCUCAAGCCCCAAAUUCUCCAAACUGAGCGACCAUUUCUUGUCCCAUUUGGUGAAACUCCUCAAUAUUUUUCACUACGUUCUUGACGACGUCACCCCGAGUCAGCUCCAAUCAAAACCUGUCUUACCCAACUUGUCGACGGCUUCGCCAAUCAAAAGGCGCAAAAGUGACUUGGAGAAGAAGGUUCUAAGUCCGAGUAAAACACCGGAGAAGGAGGAUAAGGACAAGAAGGACUCAAAAGGGGCGUUUUUGCACCUUCCCCACUACAUGAAGUUUUACGAAAUUCUGCGACAGGCUUAUACGAAUUAUAAGAUAACGUUAGAGAGUGAAGCCUGUGUGAAGUUCUCAGGGUUGUUAACACAGACGCUUCACUCGUUUGCGGUUUUGAUGGAAGUGGGGACUCUGGUUGAGUUUCACGCGAUUGCCGAAGAUAUUUUGGGGUAUUUUCGGUUCACGUUCACGCUGGAGGCGUCGGCGACGGUUGAGUGCGUCCAGCAGCUACUCAAGUGUUUGUUUGGGAACAACUUGACGAGUAAUAUUGGCCUGAUCAGGGAAGUAAACCAGGCGGAAGUGGGCGAGCAAUCGAACGGAUUUUACCACAACUUGUACCAAAAGCCGUACGAUGGUGUGUCCGAGUGCUUCAAUUCGUUCAAAAACAUUCACAAAGUGGACUGUGACGGGGACAGCACUCUCAUGGGCUACUUGCACCGGCGGGACGCCAAACCCUUGCCUGUGCGAAACUCGGAUAAAAUUCUGGCCAAUUACAUCCGCAUUUUUGAGCCAAUGGUCAUCAAGUCUUUAAAGCAUUACACUAUCACAAGCGACGUUAGGCUGCAGUGCAGAGUGCUGCAGUUGCUCAACCAGUUGAUCCAGCUCAGGGUGAACUACUGUCUCCUCGAUUCGGAGCAAAUUUUCAUCGGAUUUGUUCUGAAGCAGUUCGACUACAUCGAAAAGGGGCAGAUUCUGCUUGCCAGCGAUUUGGUGAAGAAAAUCUUCCAAUUCCUAGUCCAGCUUUCCCACAGUAAGCAGCACUCCAAAAGCAUCAUAACAGUCCCGAAAAUAAUCCAUUUGUGUGACGGUUUGAUGGCCAGUGAGCAGUCGCCUUUGACGCACUGCAUCCCAGCGCUGGAGCCAAUCGUUGAAAAUAUUUUCCUGACACGUAACAAAUCAAACACAGCCGACGCCAAAGAAUUGGAAACGACGCGAGACGUUGUCUUGUCGAUGCUGUUGCGACUGUAUGAGUACCACGAGGUUAUCGACUUGGUAGCUUUGAUUCUGGACGAUAGCAAAUAUUGUUCCAAUUCGGAAAAGUGGCUCCGGUGGUCGACCCAAGUCACCGAUGCGAUUUUGCCAAUGCUGAGGCAGAAUAAGAUUCGACUGGAUAGUGUGGAGGCGUUGGUUUCGCUGCGAAGACUGAUUUUUGUGCUGGAACCGUCGGUGUUCCAGCCUGUUGACAGUGUUUUACUUUUGUUGUUUCAAGAACCGUUGGUUUAUGAUAAUUGGCAAUUUUCGUAUACCCGAAGACUGGCGAAAAUUCUGAUUGGUUUGUUGGUUUUAUCGCCAGUGAAGGAGGAAAGUCUCAUUGCGAAAAUCAACGAAUUGAAGGCGGAGUUCGCACCAGGGAGUAUUUUUGAAAAUUGCGCACCGACGGCUGAUCCUUUGAAUGUGCUAAACAGUGUUGAUAUUUUCCGGGAGGUUGCUCCGGAAAUGAUUUUUGUUCGGUUUUUGUUCCGGGUGUUAAACCUCGCAUCGAGGUUUUGUGUCGAAGUUACGAGGGAUGGAACUAAUGAUUUUUUUAUUGAGGAAAUUUCCAUUUUUCUUAUGUAUUGUAUUCAUAUUUUCCAGUCAGGGAGUCAUUGUAAAAUUGCAAUUUUUGCGAUUUCUAAUGUUAAUGUAGCACAGUUGGAGGAUAUUAGUAAUAAUUUUUUGAAAGUUGCCCACGAAUAUCCAAUUGUAGUAUUUUUGUGGUCUUACGUUCUCACUAUUUUGAACUACAAUGAGAAGAAAUUUUGGGGUCAAGUUGCAGAUUUGAGCCCGGUUUCGCCUUCCAUCAACCAGAAAAUUUUGUCCACCGGCAGCAUUAUUUUGUUUUGUGAUUAUAUGAAUCAGGAUGUGCUAAAAUUGGACCAGUUAUCUUGGUUUUUGACCAAUUACGUUUCUCAAAUCGUCCAUUUAUGUGACGAGGACCCCAUUUCCGAAUUUAUUUCAUCAGUGCACCGCAACAGCGCCACCAGCAAAAUUUUUAUAGACAGUCUCAUGACCACAAACUUAGAUUCAAAAGACCCGGUUUUUGUGCUACAGAUUUUAAAAUCCGUUGAAAACACGCACCCUUACCACACUGGAACACUCCUCAAACUUUUACUACCAAAACUUUUAAUUUCGAAAGAAUUGGCUGUUUCUAGACUGGUAGCAAAUUUAGCAAGUCGUAAAAUCGAACUCCUCCUCACCAUGUCAAUGGCGGAGGUGCACGAACAGUUGGCCAAAGAGGAUUUGCUGGCAAUUAUUAAAAAAAUCGCAGCUUUAAAUUUAGUGAGAAAAAACGAGGCUUUAUCGAGUCUUUUGAAUAAAUUGUGUACACAAUAUUACGACAUAAGCCCACUGGAGUUUGACCAAAAACGUUCGGUCAAUCCCGACUAUAUCAAAAAACUCGCAAUUGACAAAAACUGGUAUUUGGCACAAAUCCGCGAGAAAUGUAACAGCAAAGAAACGGCGCAGCUUUUGACUCGAUUGGAUUACGAAGAGUUGUGCAAUUUUUUACGAAAUGCGGACUUCAGCAAAGUUGUUUUUAAAGAGUGCCUCAGGUUGGGGUUGGACAGAAAUAAAACAGUUGAGCCACUGAUUACAGCAACGGUUACUUGUUUAUCGGAGGAAGUGACGACGGUCUGUGACCAUAUUCAGGUUUUUAGUGUGCCAACGCUCGAAGACUCCGAACGUUUUGAUUCGAGAUUUUUGACCCAAAUUUACGACCUGAUCCCGUCUGUAACGUUCUACAUUGAUCAGUUACCCGAAACCAAAGUUUCGGACAAUAGCGAGGUCCUCGUGAAAUUUGGUGUAAUUUGUUUAGAGUCAAUAAACUACUUAAUCGACCGUAAAAAUUUUAAUCUAAAUUACAUUGACUUGGCGAUCCACUGCUGUGAGUCGGUACUUAAGGAGAAAAAAUUGUUUGGUGUGUUGAAUCAAGAGUCCCACAUAUCAUGGUUGUGCUCCAUUGUUAAUAGUUUAUAUAAGUUAGUUGAGUAUUUAUUAUCAGAUAAGGGACAGUUACCCGCGAUAUCAAGCAGUGUUUUACAAACCACCCCUGCGGGUGAGGCUUGUUACCAAAUGUAUAGUCUAGUGACCUGGUUGUACAAAAACUCGGACCCAAUCGUUCCGAAACUUUUAUUUAAACCGAUCAAAAAUAUCAUCGUUUCGUUGUCGCGCCUCUCCGUUGUUAAUUCCUUCGUGUUGAUACCGACCCAAGUAUUGAAAAGUGGGUGGACCCCCGAACUCGUCGGCACCUUCCAGACGCAGGUCCCGCCCUUGCCGAUCGAGUACCUGCAAGAAAUCGACGUUCUCGAAGAAUUUAUCUUCAGAACAACACUCUUAGGCUGGACCUCUCGGCAACAAUUCGAGGAGACCUGGAUGUCUCUUUUGAGCGUUCUGUGCAACAACUUCGAAGACAAGGACUCGCUAGUUGUGCAAGACGUCGUCCACGCGUCCAGUUUAGCGGUCAAAGCAAUCACGGCACUUUUAGUACAAACUUUGUAUUUCCCAACUCCUGGAAACACCAACUUAUCGCAAUUAAUCCACGUUUCGCGGUAUCCUAACACACCGAAAAGCACAAUCAGUAACGAAAAAUUGCGGAAAAUUCAAGACACAAUCGAGCGCAAGUAUCGAGAGGCGGGUUAUCUUCCAAAAAUUGGGAAUAUUUUCGAACACACGAACUUCGAGAAACGGUGCAAACACUAUUCUUACGGACAAGUGUCGGUGAAAUACCUCUCAAUUGCGGCAAAAAUCGUCGAAAUCGACGACAAGUGCCCCACUGCGAAUAUCUGGAAACACAGAGAGGAGUUGUUGGAGAGUCACGGGUUGGAUAUUAAUUCGUGUUUGCAGUUUCUUCUGGAUUACUACACCCAACAAUUGAAAAAUCAAGGGUCAACACCGCUUCGUUUCUUGCACGAAAUCGUCAGAUCUACCGUGACAAUUUCAGAUUUAUUUACGGACAAGUCACAGUUUAGCUGGAUGUUGGAAGUGUUUCUAGAAUUGUCAAAAUUGCACACUGUUGAGGACGAGUUGCUCCACCAGUAUUUAAUUGUGGGGAUUUCGAAAGCCACGGCUGUUUUAACACCGGACUUGGAGACGUACGAAACAAUAAAAAAGUUGUUAACGCAGUAUUUGAAGAGCUCGUUUUUGCCGUCGCGAAUGGCCUGUUUGCACGGGCUUUUGUACCUUUUGGAGGGUUGCAAGUUGAGUAAUAUUAGCAUUGGGGGGAUUUCGGAAGAAAUGCAAAUUAUUCUACCCUGUGCGACAGAAUACGUCCAGUGCAAUUUAAAUUCAAAUAACGAAAUUUUAAAACGUUCGCAAGAACACACAAUUCUAGUCUGGACUUUGGGUUUUUUCAUUGUUGAAAACAUCGAAGAGACUCAUCUCGAGUCGAAUUUUAUUUCAAAUGUUUUGUCAACUGCGUUCACAGUGUUGUUGCAGCAAAAGCCACCGAAUAAUUUACAAAUAAUUUUGAUGAAGGCUUUGGAACGACUGGUGAUAUUCAAGCCAACCCUCACAAAAGGCAUAAGUAAACAAAUAAUGAGCCUAGCACUCGAAAAAACAAAAACCGAAAAUCCGAACGUAUCAAUCCUGGGCCUCCAACUCCUCCUCAGCUACAUGUACACCGACUGUUCCGAGCAGCUCGAAGCUGUGGGCAGCCCCACAAACCCCGACCACUUAGUACAAACAAUCGAAAAAAUCUCUGCAAUUUUCGAGCACAUCAAACGUGGCUACAUGUCCCAAGUUGAAAUUUUGUGCCACGUUCUGCCCGACAUACUCAACGACUUUUUCUCCCCGGCCGACAUCCUCACGAAGGUGAUAAGCGAGUUCCUAUCGCCGCAGCAGCCCCAUCCCCAGCUUUUGAGCAAAGUUGUCUUUCGGGUGUUCGAGCGAGCGAUUGAGGAGAAACAGCUUCCGUUACUACAAGACUGGGUGGUUUUUAGUCUUUCCAAUUUCACGCAAUCGUUGUCGGUUGGAAUGGCAACGUGGUGCUUGACUUGCUUCUUCAUAAGCGCAAGUUCGAACGAGUGGUUGCGGCUAUUUUUCCCUUACGUGCAGACGCGUGUCGGUAGGUACGAGUACGAGGACCGGAAAAUGCUGUGCAUUGCUGGGGCGGACUUCUACAAGAACCUGACCAACCAGAACCAGAAAGACACGUUCAUUGAGAAUUUUCGCAAAAUUAAGGAGCAACCCGACACGCUGUUCACCGAUUUGUUAUCGUCUCUGUAAAUAGUAGGACUUACAACAAAUUUAAUUAUCUCUAUUGAGUAAGAAAUAAAAAGAAAUUAACAUUU